CCAGUAGCUUUUGGUCUCUUACGCCCAGAAUUUUCGUACUUCUUCAGUGAAGGAGCCAAGAUGGCGCAGCAGUUUGUGAAGGCGGAGAUCAAAGGCGACAAAGUGGUGGUGUUCCUUAAACCUACGUGUCCUUACUGCGUCAUGGCCGAGGACGUUUUGUCCAACUAUAACUUCAAACCGGGACAUUUGAAGUGUAUUAACAUCAGUGAACACAGCGAGAUGAACGCUAUCCAGGACUAUCUCCUGGAACUCACUGGAGCCCGAACGGUCCCACGUGUGUUCAUCGGUGAGAAUUGCAUUGGAGGUGGCUCCGAUGUGGAAGCGCUGCAUAAGAGCGGUAAACUGGAGGGGAUGUUAAAGUCCAUCGGAGCCCUGCAGUGAUCGUCCCCACGCCUCCAGAGUUUAGGCCUCCAGAUGUGGUCACAUGACUAAGCAGCGAGACUUUCGUAGAUUGCGCCGCCGCUGCUGAUACUCGCUGAGCUCCUGCAGGUAUCCUCUGGACGGCCAGCGUAGCCUCUCCACCUGCUCACGCUCCUCCUCUGAACACACAGACAUAGACAUUCCUAGCCAUCACCAACUGCAGACAACCCUGUGAUGCUUUGCUGAUGAGAAAGUUUGUCCAUGCCUGAUGCAUGCUUUCAGAUCCACACAAGUAUUAAAAGCUUAGCUUGCUGCCCUGAGGACAACCACAGUCACUGAAACAUCAACGAACAUUUUUACAUUAAGACGCAUCAACAAGCUUGUGCCCACCAGAACCAGAACCCGCCAUAAAUGAGUCUUUAUAUGCAUGACAAUAAAAUGCUUCUGCUACA